UUCCGGGGCGGCCAGAGUUUUGUUUCCGGGGGCAGGCAGCGGUGGCGCCCGGCGGCGGAGCGCGGGGAUGCCGGAGAUCGGGAUCCGCCAUGUGGUGUCCGCGAGCAGCGCUGACCCGACUCACUGCGCCGAGAACCUGCUCAAGGCCGACACCUACCGGAAGUGGAAGGCGGCGCAGGCGGGCGAGAAGCAGCUGUCGGUCAUCCUGCAGUUCGAGAAGGAGGAGCGGAUCCACAGCAUCGACGUGGGCAACGAGGGCUCGGCCUUCGUGGAGGUGCUGGCCGGCAGCUCCGCCUCGCCUAGCGAGCAGGACUACGAGGUGCUGCUGGUCACCUCAUCCUUCAUGUCGCCCUCGGAGAGCAAGGCUGGCACCAACCUCAACCGGGUCCGGAUGUUUGGCCCGGACAAGCUGGUGAAAGCAGCAGCCGAGAAGAAAUGGGACCGGGUGAAAAUUGUCUGCACCCAGCCCUACACCAAGACCCUGGCAUAUGGGCUGUCCUUUGUGAAGUUCCAUUCGCCGCCUGAAAACAACGAAACCCAGUCAAAAUCUGCCUCCCCGAAGGUGACCAAGCUGGGCCACUUUAAGGUGAAGGACGAGGACAGCAGUUCUGCCUCAAUGAGGCCCGGGGCCCUGUUCUUCAGCCGAGCUAGCAAACCACUUCUCACACCGCCCAGAGCCCCGCAGACGGAGGAACCAUCCCCCAGUUACGCCGUGGCCACCCUCCAGGCCAGCACACCCAGCGCCUCCUCCCCCUCCGUCGCAGAGAAACCCACCGCCAGGACCUCCCCCAGCCACGCCGCAACCUCCCCCAAGGAUCCAGCUCCCACCAAGAGGAAGUUUGAGUUCAGCAAGGAGAACUCGUCCCCCCUCUCUGCUCAGAAACCUGAUGCCGAGGCCCCUCACCCCACGCAGCCAGCCCCCAAGAAGCCCAAAGCCCCAGAGCCGCCCCCCCGCAAGCCGCCAGCCCCCAAGAAGCAGCCGAAGGAGCCAUCGCCGGAGGGGGCGGGGGAGGAUUUUCAUCGCCUCCUGCAGGGAACGGUCUUCGUGCUGAGCGGCUUCCAGAACCCCUUCCGCUCCGAGCUGCGGGACAAGGCGCUGGAGAUGGGCGCCAAGUACCGGCCCGACUGGACCCCCGACAGCACCCACCUCAUCUGUGCCUUCGCCAACACCCCCAAGUACAGCCAGGUGAAGGGGCGCGGGGGCACCAUCGUGCGCAAGGAGUGGGUGCUGGACUGCCACCGGGCCCGGCGGCGCCUGCCCUGCAAACGAUACCUAAUGGGCGGGCCGCCCGCCUCAGGCAGCGAGGAAGAAGAGGAGAGUGAGGAGGAGUCACCCGCCCGGCCCCGCAAGACCCCCUCCCCCCGACAGAGAGCCGGGCUGCCCAGCUCCAACCACCAGGGCAAGGUGCCUGCCAGGGCCCAGCCGCCUCAGGGUGAGUCCUCGGGAGAGGAGACAGAGCCUGGCACCUCCUGGGCCCACGCCGGCAACUCGCGGGCUGGGGAGGAGAGCUCCCCGGCCUCCACGGACAGCGGGGAGCCCGCAGGGGCGAGAGACAGCGGGGAGGGCGACUCCGGCGACACGGACGACGAGCUGAGGAGGGUGGAGGAGGAGCACCGCAAGAAGCAGCAAGCGGGUCGGGAGGCGACUCCGGACCCCGACGAUGACCCCUACGGCGGCUCCACGGAGGAGAACACCGAUGUGGAAGAGGAGCCGGAUCAGCCCAUCCCGGAGCUGCCUGAUUUCUUUGUAGGCAAACGCUUUUUCCUAUAUGGAGAUUUCCCGUCCCAGGAACGACGCCUCCUGAAUCGCUACAUCACGGCGUUCAACGGGGAGGUGGAGGGCUACAUGAACGAGCGGGUGAACUACGUCAUCACGGCCCAGGAGUGGGAUGAUACCUUCGAGGAGGCCCUGAAUGACAACGCCAACCUCUCCUUCGUCCGCCCUCGCUGGAUCUACACCUGCAACGAGCGCCAGCGGCUCAUCCCGCACCAGCCGUACGUGGUGGUGCCGCGAGCGUAGGGUGGCGCUCGGGGAGCCCGCUGGCGCAGGGUGCUGUGGACUCGGGGGGGCUGGGCACUCUCCUGUGUACAGACGCCACGCCGGGCGGGGGCGGUUUUUGCUGUUCUUGGUCCCUGCCUCAGCCUCCUGUUUGCAGCAAUGGCAGGGCAUGAGCUGGGCUGUGCCGGGGCAGGGGCCCCCCCAAAUGUAUCCACCUCCCCCGGCCAGACUCCCUGUUCUCCUCAAAAUACCCCCCCAUCUCCAAGGCACCCUCAGCCCCCGCCUCCACCCCCUUUCCCACCAGCGCUGUCAUUUCCACCCCUCGGGUUAAGCCUGAAUUGAUCGUGUGCGCGGACGCCCCUACAGGGAUUUGAACCCGGCUUCUCGCUGCUCACCUGCCAUAUGCUCACAUCCGUUCGAACUGGUGUCUGCAGCCGUGUGGGCUCCCCGCCCCCUGUCCCCUUCACCCGUGUGAGUUCCCUUUUCAGUUAAAUCCACGUGGCUUCAGCUGGCCAGGAUCUGUGCCUGGGGGUGGGGAGCCCGAGGGGCUGAGUUAGAUGCUAAACUCCAGAGAAUUUACCAACCCAAAGGAAAUGCAGGAAACCUUCCCUCCCUGCCUUACCGCCCUGGGAUCAGGGCAUCUGGGGGCUCCCCUGGGAUCGGUGUGGCCGGGGGCUGUCCUGGGAUCGGUGUGGCCGGGGGCUGCCCUGGGAUCGGUGUGGCCAGGGAUCGGUGUGGCCGGGGGCUGCCCUGGGAUCGGUGUGGCCAGGGAUCGGUGCGGCCGGGGGCUGCUUCGCACCGUGAAUUUCCACCGAGCCAUGGAGGGGUGAGUUCAGGUCUUAGCAUUUGCUCUGGGCAAGGAAAUCAGGCUGGUGAGUUUCCUUCCCUCUCUCCCUGGUCAGUUUCAGGCUUGUGGGAGGGGCCGCAGGUGGGUGUGUCUGGUCAGUUUCCCAGUUGCUGUGGGUCUGUCUGGAUGGUUUCCCCUCCCUCCCUUUCUCUUGCCCCAGAGCCUGGGGCACUGUUCAUAUUUGGGGGGCAGGGCGGGGGAAAACUCUUUUAUACAGAAUUUUCUUUGAGCAAAAUAAACUGUUUUCAGGAGAAGCUUGGUUUAAAAACCCGCUUUAAUGGGGGUGGGUCUGGUCUCCCUGCGCCCCUGGCCUGGACCCCACAUGGAAUUCAGGCUACAAGUCCUGGGCCCCCUACCUCACGCCGCAGCCGAGGCGUGGCCCUGGGGCGCGCUAGGGGCCCUGCUCUGCCCCCCAGGUUUCUUUGAAAGACCUGCUGCGGCUCAGCCCCCCAGCUCUGUGCCCCCAUGAACCCACCUCCCCCAGAGCUGCUUGGGAAAGGUUAGUGGCCCUGCUGCCAUGAAAGCUGAACUCUCCCACCCCAGCCCUCACUGUAUUGAAACUCAUGCACGCUCCAUCCCCUCGGCUGCCCCAUUUCUGCAUGACCCCCAUCUCCAGCUGUGGAGCCAUAACCCCUCCGUCUCCCUCUGAGCUCUAGGGGGGUGUGUGGGGGGGGUCUCUGCAUGUUCAGAUCUGGCCUGGGCAGGGGAAUCCAGCCAGGUGCCCCAUGGUGCUUUCCUGACUCAGCCCAGCCAUGGGGAGGAGAGAUGUGCAUGGGGGUCCUGAGCCAGAGCCCAGCUCAGCUGCUCCCCACAGCACCUGGGGGACGGGGGUGGGGUGGGGCUGUCCUUUGCUGCAGGGCCAGUGUGUCUCUUUCCUAACUAAACCUGUUAACAAGCCCAGGUGUGGCCCCCGAGUGGCAGAAAUGACGCAGUGGGGCUGAGAGAGACCGAGAGGUGGGUCCAGGGACAGAGGUAGGAGGGGCACUGGAAGAGCUUGGGGAAGGGAGCCCAGGGCUGGGAUAACGGGGCUGUGGGUCGGACCUGGGUGAGGGGCUGUGGAGCUGGAGUCAGGAACCUCGAGGAGGGGUUCUGGAGAAGUUUGUGCUUUGGGGAGUUCAAGACUCCCUGGGUGGUGGUGUGUGUAUUUGGGGGCCAGGGGGGUCAGCCCGUCCAACAGAGGACAGAUGGACAGAGAGUUAUUACUGAUUUUUAGAUUUAGAUUGCCAGGAUACCAUUUGUACCAAGAAAAUAAAACGAGUGAAUUCCUUCCCCCCCACCCCCGGCCUCAUGGGGUGUAUGUGGGGAGGGUUCCACACACAAUACACUGGAAGAAGCUUCUAUAAAUGGGUCAACCCUGCCUGCCCCCUGGCGGGGGGGGGGGUCCCUCAGAACAAAGGGCACCUGAACUUUGCAUCCCCAGCCCCACGGGGAUGGAAAUCCAGGCAUUGGGGCUGGUGGGGGCUGAUGCUUAGGUGGUGAGCGCUGGAGGGCCAGGAGUGUCUCCGUGUUCGGUGUUUGUGCAGCGCCUGGCGCGGUGGGGUCCUCAGUCCUACCCUGAUACACUUAAUAAGGUCCAGUCAUGGACUGGGGUGAGUGCAAUGGGGUCCUGGACUGGGGCCAUAGAAAUAAGAGGUCAGAAGUGCUGCCCAGGACUCCUUGGUCCCGCAUCCCCCCACAAAUCUGCUGCUUUCACCACAAGAUUGAGGGGGGGGGGAAUACACCUUGAUCCAAAGAAGCGUCCAGGUCUGGGAUUGGGGCGCUGGCCCGAGGGUGCGGAAUUGGCUGGCUCGGGAGGGGGAGGGGGGAACGGGGCCUUUCCCCUCUAGCGGUGCCAGCUCCCCUACAGCACCAGGGUUUGGGCUGGAUCACAGCCCUGGCCCAGUGAUUUAUCCACCUCAAGGGUGAUUUAUUUUUUACUCUGUUGUUUAGUAUUUUCUCUCAAUUCUGUUAGCAAAUUAGUUAAAUUUCACCUACAACAUUUUUAAAAUUAAAAUCUGGGUAAAGUUAUUUUUGUUACUUAACUUUUUUUUGUAACCUGCUACAGAAAUUUCCCAGUUCACAAUUUAUCUUUGUUGUUUUUAUUUCUUUUCCGUCACAUUCUUUCAUCUGAUUGAUUUUACUGAGCAACUAUCGUUUUGUACCUAACACAUUGUCACCUGCUUAUAAUAAUUGGUAACUGAUCACUGAUAAUCUAUCAUCCAAGAUCUGUUGAGAAUAUAUAGCAAUAAUUAAUGUUUAAUGUAUAAUUAGGCUUGACAAUUUGAGUUUUAUAAUUUUUGACAUCUCAGUUUUUUAUUUAAAGCAUUUUACAGUUUUCUCCUGA